AUGCCCAUUAGCAAGCGCAAGAAGGCGCAGCUGCUGUUUAGCGUCACGAAUUCCAGCAUCUCAAACGUCAUUUGGAGCCACUACCGAACGUCAAUGCGCUGCAUUGGGUUUCUCUCGUUCCUCGAGUGGCACAUUGGUGCGAGCCAAAACCACUGCCAAUGGACCGACGCCAUCACGGAUGUCUCGCUCGAUGCUGUCUAUGUCUGCGACGUCAAUGUCGUUGGUCACUUUGCCAAUGUUGAAGAGCUCGUGCGACUCGCCGCGUACUCGUGGGUCUUCUUCGCACUCGUGUUCAUGGACCGCAUGCCUGGCAUUGCGAUCGAUCUCAAGGGCUACGGCGUCGCAGCGGUGCUUCUCGGCGUCCUUCCCGUCUCGGUCUUGGCGAUUCUCGUGGCGGAAAUAUGCGUCCUUCGGGCGACCGUGCCAGCGCUGAGCUGGAUUCACAACCAGCUCUGGCUCGCGCUCGUGUGGCUCCUCGUCACGGCCGCGCUGCGACUCGUUGGCAUUGGUCGGCAGCCCAUUUCCAAGGCGUCACCGUUUUACAAGAUUAUUUUCCCGUAUUAUUGGUCGUCCAUGGACCUCAUUCGCGACGAGGAGCUCAUUUACGUGCCGCUGAGCGUCCUUAUGGAAACGCACUCGAUCAACUUGUCGAAUGUGUUUGAUCACCAGUACUUUGUCUAUGGCCUCAUGGACCUCGACGCAAUGGCUCAGAACACCGAGCGCAAAGUGCCCUAUGUGCAAACGGACGGGACGAUCCAGCACCCCGACUGGAUUGCGACGACGGACGAGUAUUAUGUCCGCAUCGCCAAGCGCGACAACUGAGUCGAUAUUAGUGCAUUUAUUCAUAAUGUUUUAUCAAGGAUCGAAC